UUGAAUAUUUACCUCAAUGUAACAGGUGUAGCGACGCUGUGUUUAUAUGUUGAUAUGUCAGUCGUGUGUUUGUUGUGAAGUUUAUAUGUUGAUAUGUCAGUCGUGUGUUUGUUGUGAAGUUUAUAUGUUGAUAUGUCAGUCGUGUGUUUGUUGUGAAGUUUAUAUGUUGAUAUGUCAGUCGUGUGUUUGUUGUGAAGUUUGUUAAUGAUGUGUGCGGUUAGGUUCAUGGUGAUGUAUGUGGAUGAAUCCGUGGAUGUGUUUUAUACAGACGGCCGCAGACUGCAGCUCUCACCCUGCGGCUCUGAGUUCAUGAUAGACAGACACCCGCUGUCAGCCUCUGCUCACCCGCUACACACUAGAGAGAGAGUGAGACAGAGAACACGAUUCACCAUCAGCGAGUAUAAGACAUUGGUGGUUAAUGCGCUGGAGUUCAGAAAUAAAUAUUCAACUCUUCCAUAUUUGCCUGAAGAGCUUAUAGCAGUGGAAUUUAAAAAGACUUUCAGUGAAGCAGUGACCGAGGUACAGUGGCCCUCAUCUGACUCCUGCAACAUUGAAGGUGGAUCUGAAGGGGAGAUCUGUGUCUGCUCUCUAGAUGGACAUGCUAAACUUAUUCUGUCGUCUUCUGGAGAGGAGUUCACGGUGGAGUUCACCUGCAGGUCCAGCCAGAGGGAAGCAGACACACAAUAUCAGCUGCUUCAGGGGAUCCAACACAGAAGCACAUGUUUAAUUAGUAACCUAUCAUCAGUUAAUGCUGUAAAUUUCUCAGGCGCCUCAGAGGAUUCUCGCCCACACAGCGCAGAAAGUGUGAAAUCCAGAAAUCUGUACACCAGAACAAUCCAGCAGUUUUCUCGAACAUCUCACCCACAAUCAUGGCACUAUCCUCUACUGUUAGCUGUCAGGCAUCUGGAAUCUCAAAAAACUGAAAGAACCGCUGGACAACGAAGAACAAAUCAUGCAGAUUUACAAGACAGACACGUUCCGACGUCUAAACUGCCUGAUGCUUUGCCUGUCAAAUGUCCUUCUCCUCAUCAGCACAGGUGGAGGUACGAGAGAGUGAAUCCCGAUUCACUGGAGCAGGAAGUGGAAGUCACCACAGAGCUGGUAAAAGUGGUCUGGUGUAACGGCGUCAUAUACCGUAUAAUUGAUGGAGUGACAGCAGUGGUUGAGGUCUCACCUGGUGACGGUUCACUCAUCCGAUCUAACGGAGCUCUAGCCAAUUACUUCACACAUCACAAAUCUAAAGCUGCUCACAGAGAUACUAUGGAGUGUGUGUAUUACCUGAGUGGUCUUCCACCUGAUGUACCUGGGCAGCUGUAUUCUGUCAGAUCGGUGGUCACACGGGCCAGCAGGAUUCUGGAAUGCUAUAUCCAGGCUAGAACGUCGCUAAGGACGCAGGUCUCUGCUUCCUGUUGGAAGAAGCAGGCGGCAGCGUGUGAUUGUGUGAACGUGGUUCACGAGGUGAACGUGGUCGGUACGGGACAUUUUAAAGCUCUCUCAGAUGGAACUGCUGAGGUUUUGUUUGUGAAUGGGGUCAGAGCUCAGAUGACGUGGACUUCAGACAAAUACACACCUGCACAGAGAGCUUCUGAAAGAUGGUGUCAGAUCAGUCUGCCCGACGGCCAUCAGAAGCUCGUCCAGGUGGACACAGACACAACUUAUCAAAGGAGUGUUUCAGCGUUAGUGGAGUGGUGUGAUUGGGUUAAGCAGACAGAACAGAGCAAAAGUGCAGAGGGUGUGGCCAUCUCAGACUCCGCCCAUUCUAUUACACAUCAGCCAAUAACCUGCAGAUCUGUCGUUUCUGAACUGGAAAAGAUAAAAAGGUUUAACUUCUUGCUGGAGAACAGCCCUGUCUUGCGUUCUACCGGACGACCUUUGAGAGACGAGCGUUCCUCUGACCUCCAGGAGAUCGUACUCACAGAGAACUGUAUCUCUGACGCUUUGCAGAAAACAUCUCGAGCCAUACGGGACAUUAACACACUCUUAUCUGAACAAGAGUUCUGAAGAAGACGAAACUAAAUGAUAUCAGAAAGUCAUUCUGGCAUCUACCUGAAUCUAAUUUUAUACUAAUGCACAUGUUUGAAUUACACAGCAUAUCAUUUAUUUGCAUUAAUAAAUAAUAAUUUAUCAGUUUUCUACUAAUAAAUGUUUCUGAAUUAUUGGAUCGUUAACAUAAGGCAUUUUAAGAGGAAGAAGCAGCGCUGUGGCAGAUAUUUCACCAUCAGUUCUGCUUGUGUUGUCACCCCAUUCACAGACAAAUUCACAACUUUUUUAUCAGUUUACUGAUCUAUUUAUACGCUUUAAUAACACCAGUUAAUCUGAACACUGUAGAUGCUUUCUCCUUGUAUAUGGUCAAAUCAGCCAAUGAGAAGAUCAUGAUUCUUUACAGCUUCUUUAAAUGAAAAUGAGCUGUUCUCGAGUCCCUGACCACUGAAUUGUUUCUUGUACAUCUUGGCGUUCCGUAUGAUAAGAAAACGAUAAACCUGACAUCAGAUCAGGCUGUGGCACAUUGUGAGAGUGAAACCCUGGUCACACCUCUUUCUUAUUAAAGUGAUGGAAACAU